AUGCAUUCCACGCAAUGUGCAGCCGGCUCUUACAGCAGCUCCGGUGCGUCUGGCUGUACCCAGUGUCCAGCAGGGAAAUACUGCCCCUCUGCUGGCACCUCAGCGCCCAUCGCCUGCACGACGGGAUACUACGCACUCGUUGGCUACACAUAUUGUGAAAUCUGCCCAAUGGGGUUCUAUUGCCCGAGUACCAACAGUGAUAAGAUAGUUUGCCCGGAUGGACAGUAUACGUCUGCAACAGGUAGGACGACCUGUUCCGCAUGUCCAUCGGGCAGUGAGUGCCCGAACAGAAACGCCACCAGCUCCUGUCCUGCGGGCUACUUCAGCAGCGGGAGUCAACUCUCAUGCUCGCGGUGCGAUUCCGGUUACUACACAACCAACACCGGUACGACGGCAUGUACCAUUUGCCCGGCGGGAAGUUCCUGCAGUGAUCCCACGAAGGCGCCAGUCGCUUGUGCACAAGGAUACAUCUCGGCGGCAGGAGCGACUUCGUGUACGAAGUGUGCGGCGGGGCAAUAUACGUCUGGGACCCAGGAUCAGUGCCGUGAUUGUCCAGCAGGAAAAGCGUGCUCGGACCCAACUAACGACCCAACCGAUUGUGCAAGCGGUUAUUACAGUGAGGCUGGAGACGGUUCCUGCACACAGUGUCCGGCUGGCAAGCAGUGUCCUACAAGAACAGCAGCCGCAGAUUGUCCGUCGAAUACCUAUUCCACGGCUGGCUUGACGGCCUGUCUACAAUGUCCUGGCGGCUUCUCCUGCCCAAGUGCUUCCGCCACUCCGGUACAGUGCGCCUCUGGCCAGUACAGCGCUCUAGGAAGUAUGACAUGCACCAACUGUGCAGCGGGAACUUAUUGCGCAAUUGGUGCAGUGUCCGAAACUGCUUGCGAUGAUGGGUAUUUCUCUACAGGAACGUCAGCUGUGUGUACAGUGUGCUCGGCGGGAAAACAGUGCCCGUCCAAGACGGCAGAAGAAACGUGCCCUGAUGGACAGUACUCACUUGGGAAUGCGACCUCAUGUACCGCUUGUCCUGCUGGUUCCAUUUGCGCCAACAAGGCGUCUGCUCCCAUUGCUUGUGCGCCGGGAACAUACAACACUGAUCCAACCGCCACGAGCUGCACCCAGUGUCCAGCAGGAAGCAAGUGCCCAAACACCGACCAGGCACCGGAGAUAUGCCCAACGGGUACUCUCAGCAACGCUGGCGCCACCAAUUGUACGGAAUGCCCAGCCGGUUAUGCUUGCCCAGAUCGCACUGACCCCUCCAAGAUAUCACAGUGCAUCACUGGGUCUUACGCCGUCCAAGGUGCUGGUGUUUGUACCGUCUGUCCGACCGGGAAAUACUGCCCCUACACAGAUCAAGCAGCAGAGAUAGCGUGUCCAUCUGGGACUUACUCGACCGGGAACCAGAGCUCAUGUACGAAGUGUCUGGCUGGUGAGAUCUGCCCUAAUGUGGAUGGGACAGGAAUCACCAGCUGUGAUCCCGGGCAGUAUUCAGUGUCGGGUUCGACAACUUGUACCUCCUGCCCAGCGGGCUAUGCCUGCGCAAGCUCCUCCUCAGGUUCGAAGGUCAAGUGUUCCCCUGGAACCUAUUCCCUUGAGGAGUCGACCAAAUGUACUUCGUGUCCAGCAGGAAAGGCUUGCCCGCUGACCACACAAGACUUGGAAAUCAACUGCAACGCUGGGACGUAUUCUGUUGGUAAUCAGACGGCUUGUACACCAUGUCCGCCUGGCUAUGAAUGCCCGGAUACGUCGACGAAUAGCGCUGUCGCCUGCCCUGCUGGUUAUUACUCAUACGGCGUCCAGACUGCGUGUACGCCAUGCCCUGAGGGUUCUUACUGCCGCACAACCACUUCCGGCCCAGUGCCAUGCCAGCUUGGUGAAUACAGCGGAGCAGCGUCCCAGAAUUGUACGGCAUGUGAACCUGGUUACUUUUGCCCCUCUCAAGAAGAAUCUCGAAAAGAAGAAUGUGCUCCCGGUACCUUCUCGGGUGGAAAAGCUACUUCGUGUCGACCUUGCAACUACGGCUACAUCUGCAGCACUGGCUCCAACAGCACAGCGCCACCUUCAGGUCUCUGUGACAAGGGAGGAUAUUGCGAUGGAAAGGAUUUCUUCCCGUGCCCAGCUGGGACGUACAAUCCAAAUAACGGCUCCCGGACGAUCGCGGAGUGUGUGAUAUGCCCAGCGGGUUACUACUGCCCAGGACCCGGUGAAUACGACUACUCAGACAAACCCUGUCCCGAGGGAUACUUCUGCCUAGCCGGAACAACCUUGUCCACAGAUUUCCCGUGUCCUGGCGGUACCUACAACCCAGACACUAACGCGACGAGUCAGAUCGCCUGUAAGCCGUGCGUGGAGGGGAAUUACUGCCCAGUUGCAUCAGCCAUCUUGUUCCCGUGCCCGGCUGGGUUCUGGUGUACCGCAAGUCAAUCGACCGGUUAUCAGAAUGCUUGCCCGAUUGGGACUUAUAGUAACGUUACUGGAAUAACAAAUGGAACUGAUUGUAUCGACUGCCCUGUCGGCCAUUACUGUCCGUGGGGUAACGAAGCCCAGCCACGCGUCUCACCCAUACCAUGUGACCCCGGGAAGUACAACCCCAACCCUAAGACCGGCCACGAGUUGAACUGUCGCGAUUGCGACGCCGGAUGGGCAUGUCCACUCGCUGGGCAGCAUAACGUCACAGUACCUUGUAAAGAGGGGCACUAUUGUCCAAACGGUACCAUCACAUCGGACCAGUUCAAGUGUCUGCCUGGCACGUUCACUGGCAGGACGGAUUUGACCAGAUCAGACGAGUGCGAUGCCUGCCCUGCUGGAAAAUACUGUAGCUGGGGAACUGGUGUGAAUAUCAACCCAGCCCAGCCCUGUGCUGUGGGGCAUUACUGCCCCCUCCAGACCCCUGCACCAGACAGGUUCCCAUGUCCGGCGGGGACAUACACACCAUCAUCGAAUCUCACCCAGGCUUCUGAGUGUACCAUAUGCGACCCUGAAAACUACUGUAUCGGUGGCCAGUCUGCCCUAACUGAUGUGUGCCCUCCCGGCUACUACUGUCCGGCGGGCACAAAGGUUCCAACGGAGUACGGAUGUCCAAACGGAACAUACAAUAACGAGUAUGGCAAGAAGGAGGAAGCACAGUGUAAGGACUGUACGCAAGGACACUAUUGCGAAUUUGCUGUCAACCUCCCGACGAAGUGUGCAGCCGGAACUUACAUGCCAUGGGGUGUCGCACCAAAUGGAACACUCGUUGGUCCCGGAGCACCCGCCAAGCGACAGUUCAGCUGCAUGGACUGCCCUGGAGGAUUCUGGUGCACAGAAGGGACAAUUUAUCCAUACGAGUGCGGCGUUGGGAAGUAUUCAAAGCCAGGGAAGAAGGAUUGCAUGGUUUGCCCACCUGGCUACUAUUGCGAUAACUCCACAACGUCCUAUGCGGCCAUGCUGUCCAGCAAACGGUGUCCUGCGGGGAAGUAUUGCGCUGGUGGAUUAACGAAUGUGGGAGAAGCUACGGACUGCUCUGUCGGACAUUAUUGUCCUGAAGCAACCGUGGAAGAGGUCAACUGUCCUGUCGGCACAAUCCGCAAAACCGUUGGUGGAGAAAGCGUGACUGACUGCGCCCCCUGUCAAUCUGGAUCAUACUGCUUGGAGGAAUCAUCCGUCGAGACUGGUGUCUGCGUCGAAGGAUUCUAUUGCCCGAGCCCGUUCACGAAUCCGUACGGAAACAACCCGCCACAGAUUGGCUCGUACGGCCCGAAGCAAGUACCAUGCCCAGAGGGAACCUACACUGACGUCCAAGCAACCAAAAAUGUCAGCGAUUGUAAACCUUGUCCUAAGGGAUACUAUUGUACACUAGGAUCACCCAGUCCGAUAGAUUGUCCACGGGGAUAUUAUUGCGGGCCGGAGGCAAUUAAACCAACACCAUGCCCUAUUGGUCGUUACGGAAACAGAACACAUCUUGAAACCUUUGACAAUUGCACCAGCUGCAAACCUGGUUGGUACUGCGAUGCGCCUGGUCUGCUCCAACCUCGUGCCCCAUGUGACCCUGGCUACGUCUGCUACUCGGGUGCUACUACAUCUGGUCCAAUAGAUGGCGUGACUGGAGAGCUGUGUAUUGCUGGUGGUUACUGCCCCGUUGGUUCAUGGUAUGUCAGACCGUGCCCGAUGGGUACCUAUAGCAACGUGACCGGUGCCGUUAACCACUACGAUUGCUUCGAGUGCGACCCUGGCUACUACUGUAACCAAGUCUCCGGAGGAGCGCCGACCGGUUUAUGCUGGGGCGGCUACUAUUGUACAGGAGGAGCUAAGACACCACGGCAGAACAUAACUGAGCCGGGGUACUUCUCGCCAAAUGGAUCCGUCUCACCGCAGGAGUGUUUGCGAGGAACCUACAUGCCACACGAUCGGGGCUCUGAGUGUUACACGUGUGAGCCUGGGUACUAUUGCCCGGAGAAGAAGUUGACGGACCAUGUACCUUGUCCGGUCGGCAAGUAUUGCCCGUACAACAGCACGGAACCCUUCGAUUGCCCGCCAGGGACUUAUUCAAAUCUGACCUACGCAUCUUCCCUAGACAACUGUACCAACUGUCCUUCUGGUUACUACUGCCAAGGUCGCGGCAUGACUGAGCCAACUGGGGAAUGUCUCGCUGGGCAUAUCUGCUUUGGCAACGCCCUUGACAACGACCCCAUCUACAACGAUGAUCCCUCUGGUAACAAGACGUUGAUCACCUGGGGAGACCAGUGCCAAGAGGGCUACUAUUGUCCGCAGGGGACCACCAUUAUGGUGCCAUGCCCGCGGGGAACGUAUAACCCAGAUAAACGUGGCACAUCGCUGAGUGCGAGCUGUAAACCAUGUGAUCCUGGAUACUACUGUAAUGGAACGGCAUUGACUGUGCUCACAGAUUUGAUGAAAUGCGCCCCUGGUUACUACUGCACCGGUGGCGCUUACAUCCCCGACCCCGUCAACGGGACGCAAGGAGACAUCUGCCCGCUCCACCAUAUCUGCGUGGAAGGCGCAGACUCGCCUAAACAGUGUCCCAUCGGCUAUAUGGCAAACUCAACUGGUCUGAGCGUGUGCAGUCUCUGCCUGCCUGGUUUCCUGUGUAAACCAGCGACGGCGCCAGUUGCAUGCCCACAAGGUUCCUAUUGUCCCGCCAGUACCACCCUCAUCCCCCUACUCAGUGCCAUCCCGUGCCCAGUAGGCAGGUUCGGGGCGAGAGAAGGACUAUCGGCUUCGGAGAACUGUACGCUCUGUCAAGCAGGUUACUACUGCGACAGCACUGGUCAAGUCAACAACACCGGUCCAAUCCAAGCGGGACAUUUUUCCAAGAGUGGUACCACCACUCCGUCACCGGCCGAGACGGACAGCUUAGAACGUGGUAUCUGCCCGAAGGGUUACUAUUGCCCGACUGGUUGUCAUACACCAGAGCCCUGUCCACCAGGAACCUAUGGCUUUGCUCGUGGCUAUGGAAAAGUUGAAGAUUGCCUCGACUGCCCUGGUGGCAAGUACUGUCAACAUUACAACAUGACGGCAGAGGGCCCCGACUGUAACCCUGGUUACUACUGCUCGAGGAAGUCUCCAGAUCCUGGACCAAUGAAUGCGACGUAUGGUGAUAUAUGCCCGACAGGUUAUAAGUGUCCAGCUGGAUCUGAAUCACCAGUCCCUUGUGCUGCCGGGACGUACCAGAACGUCACUGGACAAAUCACCUGUUCUGCCUGCCCAGCGGGCUACUACUGCCCGAUCAACACGACUACCCCGAUUACAUGUCCGUCUGGUCACUAUUGCCCCGCAUCCACCAAUCGGGCGUUCCAGUAUCCUUGCCAACUUGGGUACUACAAUAACGUGACUGGUGGUGCUGCGAGUGGAGCGUGUGAAAAGUGUUCGCCUGGCAAUUACUGCGGCACAACUGGUCUGUCCUGGCCAACAGGCCCAUGUGACCCGGGAUGGUAUUGUACCGAGGGAGCGAUGUACGCCCAACCAAUCGUAGGAGGUCAAGGCGGCCCUUGUACCCCUGGUCAUUACUGCCCGUUAGGAAGUGCGGUACAAGUGCCCUGCACACCCGGGGAGUUCUGUGCUGAGGCACAGCUCUCGGCAACCAAUGGAAGCUGCAAUGCUGGAUAUUAUUGUCUCCUCGGCGCGAGUUCGGCGACACCUGUAGAUGGUACCACUGGAAACGUCUGCCCAGCCGGUCAGUACUGCCUGUCUGGCAGUUCCAAUGGCACAUUCUGUCCGCCAGGCAAAUUCUAUAACGUGACUGGCGCAACCGAAGAAAACGACUGCAUCAGCUGUACCGUUGGGAAGUACUGUGCUGGGUACGGCAAUGUCGCCCCGACCGGACCAUGUGCUGCGGGAUAUUACUGCCCUCAAGGGAUGUUACGAGCAGAUCCUCCAUCCUACCAAUGCACCAUGGGUCACUAUUGCCCAGCUGGAAGCACGACACCCAUCCGCUGCGAGUCCGGCACGUAUCAAGAUGAAGUAACGCAGGGAACGUGCAAGACUUGUCCGGCUGGCUUUUAUUGCGACAACUACAUGUCUCCUGUCGUACUCUACAAUAGCACAGUCUGUCCAGAAGGUUAUUACUGCCCAGCUGGCACGAAAUACGCGACCGAGUACCCUUGUCCAACCGGUACCUUCAGUAAUGUGACGGGACUCCAGGCAUCAGGGGAUUGUACCUCUUGUCCAGGCGGCUACUGUUGCGACCAGACUGCGCUGACGUCUUAUGCCAAAGUCUGUGAAGCUGGGUAUUACUGUCGCCGUAAUGCUCAGUCCUGCGUCCCCAACCAAGGCGGUGAUGCAGCUGAAUGCCCUGCUGGCUUCUACUGCCCUCUACAGACAAGCGAACCAAUCAAAUGUCCGCUUGGAACAUUCUCCAAUUCUGUGCGAUUGGUCAGUGAGAAUGAGUGUACAAACUGUACACGUGGCUUCUAUUGCGGAGAACUCAACCUGACUACGACAUCAGGACCUUGUUCGGCCGGUUACUAUUGCCCGAUAUCAGCCACGUCGCCUAACUUUAUCGUAUGCCCUGAAGGUCAUUUUUGCCCAGAGCAGAGUGAUGCUCCACAGGCGUGUCCCAUAGGUACCUGGUCCAACAAUACUGCACUCAACGCAUCGUCUAGCUGUUACACUUGUCCAGGAGGUUACUACUGCAAUGCUACCGGCCUGACAGCCCCUGCUGGCCAGUGUGGAGAAGGCUACUUCUGCCCUGAAGGAUCCACUGCGAUGGAACCUGCUCCAAACUUCUGUCCUGUCGGUCAUUAUUGUCCAACUGGAGUUGCGGCAGCAAUACCUUGUAGGAACAACUCAUAUGUGAACCAUACCCAUGCCGUCCAGUGCAUCCUCUGCCCAGCUGGUCACUAUUGUGAAUACCCCGGCCAGGUUUAUAAAUGUCCCCAAGGCUACUACUGUCCAGAGGGCACCAGUUUCGACAUUAUGUCUUGCCCGCGGGGAACGUACAGUGAUAUUGAAGGACUUCAUGACAUCAACCAAUGUAAGCCGUGUCAGCCAGGAAGUUAUUGCGAUGGUGAACACUUGACUAGCGCAACAGGCAUGUGUGCUCCCGGUCAUUGGUGUGUCUCCGGCGUUGACCAAAAGUAUCCCUGGAACAACUCGACGAUAUCGAACAUCUUCAACAGUUCCUGUUACAACUAUGCCCAACGCGGCCACGGAGGCAUCUGUCCAGUCGGCCAUUACUGCCCCGGUGGGAUUAAAAGUGUCUACCCGACGGCGUGCAGCAACGGGACAUAUCAAGACGAAGAAGGUCAAGAUUCGUGCAAGACGUGCCCGCAAGGAUACUACUGCGAUAUAGGUACCGGGAACUACACAGACUUCCCAUGUCCUUCUGGGUAUUACUGCCCGGCAGGGACGAGGGGACCACAUGAGUAUGCGUGCCCUGCGGGUACCUUCAACAAUGCGACUGGACAGACGACUUUGGAGGAUUGUGUUCCAUGUCUUGGUGGCUAUUACUGUGAUGUAGCCGGACUGUCAGUCCCCACCGGCCGCUGUUACGGCGGUUACUAUUGUAACAAUGGCUCCACCACUCCGCAACCUACUGGCACCAACGGCAACAACUGCGUGCAGGGGUAUUUCUGUCCGGAGGGAUCAGCUAAUCCUACGCCUUGCUCGCCUGGCUACUACUGUGCCAAUGACUACCUGAAUACGACAACAAGCUACUGUGACCCUGGAUACUAUUGCACCCUGGGAGCUACGAAGUCGAACCCAACAGAUGGUGUCACUGGUAACAUAUGUCCAGUGGGCGCAUUCUGUACUCUUGGCGUCCACUCCCCGAUCCUCUGCUCCGCUGGCACCUACAACAAUGGCACGAUGAGCUCCAAUGGCGGCGCCUGCACGACGUGCGAACCUGGAUAUUACUGUGCGGGAGAAGGCUUGGAGGUUCCUACAGCUCUGUGCCAUGCGGGGUAUUACUGCCCAGCAGGACAGUCCGUCGGUGCUCCUGCUGCUUACAACUGCACAGUGGGUCACUACUGCCCCAUCGGGAGCCCUGAACCAGUUCGCUGCCCGACUGGGAAGUACCAGGAUGAGAUUGCAUCGUCUGAUUGUAAGACGUGUGCGCCAGGAUACUACUGUAAUAGCGUGGCGAGCCCUGUGGAGCUCUACACAGACUAUCCCUGCCCUGCAGGUUAUUAUUGUCCUUUGGGUACCAACUACGCCACCGAGUUCCCGUGCCCACAGGGGACGUUUAACAACAUGACACGGAGGGAAAACUUGACUGACUGCCAGGCGUGUACCCCGGGAUACUACUGCCAAGGAACGGGACUAUCAGCGCCAACCGAUACUUGUGCUGCAGGGUACUAUUGCACGAGCGGAGCAUCCAGUGCCAUGCCAACCCAGGGAACAGAUGCCAAUGAAUGUCCCAUGGGGCACUUCUGUCCUAACGGCACUGCUGUCCCAUACCCCUGCCCGCCUGGAACCUUCAACAGUAACUACGGCCUGCAGGCCGAACACCAAUGCACCAAUUGUACUGCUGGACGGUAUUGCGCUGACUGGAAUAUGACGUCUGCUGGUCCACUUUGCAAAGCUGGAUCCUACUGUCCAACCGGAGCCGACCGUGAGGAUUUCCUCACCUGUACCAACGGCCAUUACUGUCCCGAAGGUAGCGACGUCCCGACCCCAUGUCCCAUGGGAACGUACUCUAACGCCAUCAAAUACAUCACCGAUGUUGCCUACUGUCAGAACUGCUCCGGAGGAUACUAUUGCCCUGAUCCCGGCAUGACAGUUGUUACUCAGAAGUGUUGGGGCGGGUACUACUGCCCGUCGCGCCAAUUCGAACCGAAUCCAGUUGACUACCUCUGUCCAGUUGGACUCCAUUGUCCAAACGGUAGUGCCAUCUAUCAAGAAUGCCAGCCUGGAACUUAUACGAAUUCCUCUGGGAUGUCCACUUGCGAAGUGUGUCCUGACGGUUACUACUGUCUCCCUGUCCAGCCCGCAAAUGCAUCUCUGAAUGCGCAACCAUGCCCGAAGGGAUAUUAUUGUCCUAAGGGCACCGGAAUCGACUGGCAGCCCUGCCCCGCUGGAACCUAUAGUGACCAAGAAAAGCUCUCUGAUAUCUCUCAGUGUACGGCAUGCCCUGGUGGCAAAUACUGUAAUGGCCAGGCAUUGACCACGCAUAGUGGUAGCUGCCUUGAAGGGCACUACUGCACAUCCGGUGUCGACCGGCGAGAUCCGAACACAAACAGCACCCUCAACGCAACCGGCUGUGUCUGCCCCGCCCAGUCUCACUAUCUGGGUAUCGGUGGCGUGUGCCCGCAAGGUCAUUACUGUCCAACAGGAAGCUCUGUGCCACUUCCUUGCGAUGCUGGAACAUACGCGUACACGACAGGUCAAAGGGCAUGUGACGUCUGCCCGGCUGGGUACUACUGUUUGGCGUCUGCACUUGACUUUACGGCAUCUCCUUGUCCUGCGGGCCACUACUGUCCAAAUGGUACACGCUUCAGCACGGAGUUCCCCUGCCAGCCUGGCUUCUACAACGCCCUUGAGAAGGGCACGACUGUUGCCGACUGCCAGGCCUGCCCAGGAGGGAAGUACUGUGAGGGACAAGGCAACAGCGGUUACACUGGCAACUGCUCGGCUGGAUGGUACUGCCCUAGUGGCGCAGUGCAGCCAAAUGAUACGACCAAUGGUGGCAAAUGUUCAAAGGGAUAUUACUGCCCAGAAGGUUCACCUGACCCCGUUCCUUGCCCCGGCGGCAGCUUCUGCCAGUUUGACGGCAUCGAUUCUCCAACCGCCCUCUGUUCAGCCGGUUUCUACUGCACGGAGACAGCCUCCAUAUCGAAACCCACAGAUGGUGUUACCGGCAACAUCUGUCCACCUGGUUAUUACUGCCCGACUGGAUCAGCGGCACCAGUGUCGUGCAGUCCUGGGACGUACGGUCCGUCCGCUGGGAACAAGAAUGUGACAGACUGUCUGGCUUGUACCGGCGGGGAGCACUGUCUGGAUUACAAUCUUACUGCAACUUCUGGCAACUGCAGCGCUGGCUACUACUGUCCCCUCGGCCAAACUGUCGCCACAGCAUACACAUGUCCAGUGGGCCACUUCUGCCUGGAGCAGACGGCAUCACCAAUCCUCUGCCCAAGCGGGCAGUACCAGGACGAGUUGGGCCAGCCAAGCUGCAAAGUUUGCCCACCUGGGUACUUCUGUGAUAAUAGUGCUGGUGUGGUUGUAGUCAACUCUACGGUGACGUGUCCUGCUGGUUUCUACUGCCCUGCAGGCACUGAACGACAGGACCAAUACCCCUGCCCCCUCGGAACCUUCGGCAACACUACCGGCUACAAUAUGUCAGACAACUGCAGCCCAUGCAGCGGCGGCCAGUAUUGCGGCAUUGUUGGACAGGUGGCACCAACAGGCCUGUGUCACGCUGGGUAUUAUUGUCGGCAGUACGCCAUGUCUGCGACGCCAAAUCAGACUACAGAUGCGAAUAUCUGUCCUCAAGGUUUCUACUGUCCAGAAGGAACCAUCGAACCUGUCCAAUGUCUCCCAGGACGCUUCGGUGCAAGCGAAGGCCUGGCGAAUGCUACGAGCUGCACAUCUUGCACUGGGGGCUUCUAUUGUGAGAAUCAUGGACUCCUGGCUGUCCAGGGACAAUGCCAGGCGAGCUAUUACUGCCCGGUCGGAUCUUCCUCCCGAACGCAGGUGAUAUGUCCGACUGGUCAUUAUUGCCCGACUGGAAGUGAAGCCCCAGACAGAUGUCCCGAGGGAACCUUUAACGGCAACACUGGUAUCGCAAGCGUUGGUGAAUGUACCGACUGCACUCCUGGAGACUACUGCGGAACCCAGGCCCUCAACACCACGUCAGGGCCAUGCGCCCCGGGUUACUACUGCCCUGUUGGUCAGAACUCAUCACAGCCUGAUGAUUAUGAAUGUUGGGUCGGCCAUUACUGCCCAGGACAGACGACGCUUCCGAUACCGUGCGCAAAUGGAACUUACAUGAACCAUACCAUGGGAUCAGCAUGUUACAUCUGCCCAGCUGGCUGGUAUUGCGUCCAGGGCAACCUGAUGACAGAAUGCCCAGAGGGCUACUACUGUCCCCAGGGGACUGGGUUUGAUCACCAACCAUGUCCACGUGGAACCAUCAACAACCAGACGGGAUUGGCACUUGAGAAUCAGUGCCAGCAAUGCACGGGUGGGGAAUACUGUGACCAGAUUGGCGCCAUUGCUUCAACGGGGAAAUGUGCUCCAGGACAUUACUGUCAGUUUGGUGUGGAUCGGCGGGAACCGGCAGGAAAUUCAUCUGUGUGUGGAACAGGUGCUGGUGCAGAGACUGGCAAGGGAGGAAUAUGUCCUCCUGCUACCUACUGCCCCCUGGGUACUACCCUACCGCUGACCUGUGCUGCGGGUAGCUAUAGCAACGAGAGUGGACUGGCAGUGUGUCACCAGUGCCCUGCUGGAUAUUACUGUCUGCAAGGUGUUGCAACGUAUGAAGACACCCCAUGUCCAACUGGUCACUACUGCCCAGCAGGGACAACCCAAAUGUAUGAGAACCCCUGCCCGGCUGGAACCUAUAACCCCGCUAACAGGUCUACAGAGUUUAGCAACUGCAUCGGAUGUACUCCUGGGUACUACUGCGGCACCGCAGGACUUGAGAUGCCGACGGAUCAGUGUGCGCCUGGAUGGUAUUGCUCUGGGAAUUCUACGUCUGCCAACACAACGACACAUGGCGGAGAAUGCCAGCCUGGGUACUACUGCCCCCAGGGGUCACACACUCCAACAGCCUGUGACCCUGGCUGGUACUGUCCAACAGCAGGUCUGGCCUCCCCAGCAGCCAACUGCACUGCAGGGUACUACUGCCUUGGCCAAUCCAGCUCCGCCACUCCAACAGAUGGUAUGACCGGAAACGUCUGCCCAACUGGCCACUACUGCCCUCAGGGAACUCCCGAUAAGAUACCGUGUGAAGAGGGUUACUAUCUGAACGCGACGGGUGCCACAAUGCAGAAGGCGUGCAGUCCUUGUAUCUCUGGGAUGUACUGCCCGAGCAGGGGCAUGGCUGUUCCCCUUGUUGACUGCCAAGAAGGCUACUAUUGCCCACCAAAACAGAACAACUCUUCACCGCACGAGUACAGAUGCCCGGUUGGACACUACUGCCCGCGAGGCUCGCCAGCUGCUGUCCGCUGUGAGAACGGUACCUACCAGGACCAAGAGACGCAACCAACCUGCAAGACCUGCCCGGCCGGGUAUUUCUGUGACAACACCAUGGGUAUCGUCAUCCUUGACAACUCGACAACGCUUUGCCCAAUGGGAUACUAUUGUCCGCUCGGAACGAGGUUCAGCACAGAGUAUCCUUGUCCGAUUGGAACGUUCAAUAACAGGAUAGGCCUCAUCCAAGAGUCAGACUGCACUCCUUGUCUCGGCGGUCACUACUGUCCAAUGGUUGGCAUGGUCACUCCAGUUGACCUCUGCUCACCUGGAUACUUCUGUAAACAAUACGCAAACAUCUCUGCACCAGACCAAGGAGCUGACGCGAACAUCUGCCCCGUCGGACAUUACUGUGUGGUAGGAACAGCUGACCCAACGCCUUGCCCGAAAGGCACAUAUAACAAUGGGACGGGACUUGAGAAAGAGGCUGAUUGUCCAGCGUGUCCGGCUGGCAGCUAUUGUGCCGAGGUUGGCAAGAUUGAACCGACUGGUCUCUGCUCUCCUGGCUACUACUGCGAGGUCUACUCUGCCAACGCCUCCAGAACUAUCUGCCCCGUUGGUCACUUCUGCCCACUAGGAUCGGGCGCACCCACACCCUGCCCCAGAGGCACAUUCUCCAACAUGGGGGGGAACAACAACGUCACACAAUGCGCAAACUGUGACCCAGGAAAACACUGCAAUGACACCGGUUUGAAUCAACCUGCUGGCGAUUGUGAUCCAGGCUUCUAUUGCCCAGGGGGUGAUGACGUACCUAAUCCAGUCGCGACGCCUUGCCCGAUUGGUUUACAUUGCCCACAGGGAAGUGGCCAGCCCGUACCAUGUGCCCCAGGAACAUUCACAAAUUACACCCAGGCUGCUUCGUGUGACGUCUGCCCUGAUGGCUUCUACUGUGUCCCUGAGGAAGUUAUUUCAGGUAAUGCUACAAGUGGCUGGCGUCUCUGCCCAAGAGGUUACUAUUGCCCACUGGGAACUGGACGUAACUGGACCGCUUGCCCUGCUGGGAAAUUCAGCAACCUCCUUGGCCUCAAGAUUGAAAAAGAAUGCACCCCCUGCACUGGUGGAAUGUUCUGCAAAGAUAACGCCCUGACAGCUCCCACUGGUGACUGUGCGCCAGGUUAUUAUUGUACCGUGGGAGUCAACAUGGCGGCGCCCAUGAUGAAUAAUACAGGCGCUGGUGACGUCUGCACUGUCGGCCAUUAUUGCCCUGGUGGAACUGUGUCACCUAUUCCUUGCCCAGCUGGAACAUAUCAGGACCAAACAGCGCAGUCAAAUUGCACGGAAUGCCCUGCAGGAUACUACUGUACAUCAGGUUCAAGCACCUACACUGACAAACCAUGUCCCUCAGGUCACUAUUGCCCACCUGGAACUGAGUAUGAUAUCCAGUUCAAAUGUCCGAGGGGAACUUACAACAAUCUGACCAUCCAAGCGAACGACACGUCCUGCACUCCCUGUACCCCAGGCUCUUACUGUGACGGUGAGGGAAAUAGCUACCCCACUGCCGAAUGCGAUGCUGGCUGGUACUGCACCCUUGGGUCUUACCUGCCCCAACCCUCAUCCCCCGAGGGAGGGAAAUGCCUGGCCGGUAGCUACUGUCCUCAGGGCAGUGCGGCCCCUACUGGCUGCGAUCCUGGCAAAUACUGCGAUGUUGAUAUGAUGGCUUUGCCACGCGGACCCUGCGCUGCUGGAUACUACUGUAGCGGCAACUCGACUACGGCACAACCAACUGGAAUGGGAGGAGACCGCUGCAGCCCUGGCUACCACUGUAUUGAAGGUAGUGCCAGUGAGACACCAUGCCAACCUGGCUACUACCAGCCGAGCUACAGGGCCGAGAAUGUCACAUGGUGCAUUGAAUGUACUGCCGGGAAGUACUGUAAUAGCAGUGGGUUGUCACAGCCUGAUGGCGAUUGUGAUGCUGGAUAUUAUUGCCCGCCUGCCCAAACUGUCCGCAAUCCAAGUGUCUUCGAAUGUCCUGCUGGCCAUCUUUGCAUCACAGGUUCCAGCACAUACCAGAAGUGUCCUUCCGGUACCUACCAAGAUGAACUCCGCCAGAGCUCUUGCAAGGAGUGUCUUGAAGGAUUCUACUGCGAUAAUUCCCUUGGACCGAUCGUCAACAUCACACUAUACGAUUGCCCUGUUGGCCAUUAUUGUCCAAAUGGUACACAGACUGCAACAGAAUGGCCGUGCCCUGCUGGAACAUUCAACAAUGGUACUGGGCUGAGGAGUGCGUCUGAAUGUCUUCCGUGUCUUGGUGGUUUCUACUGCCCAGGAGGUGGCAUUGUCUACCCCACACUCCCCUGCAGUGAAGGUUACUACUGCCGCCAGGCCGCCCAGUUUGCCGCUCCAAGCCAGGGAGGCGAUGCAGACAUUUGCCCUCGUGGAUAUUACUGCCCAGAGCAGACGACAGAACCCAUUGCGUGCCCUAUUGGGACUUUCUCAAACAACACUGGUUUGAGAAAUGUUACGGAUUGUACUUCUUGUACUAAAGGGAACUACUGCGACGACCUUGCACUGAAUGCCCCCAAGGACCUCUGCGAUGCUGGCUUUUACUGCGUGGAAGGCUCGAGCAACCCAACAAGCCAGAUAUGUCCAAUUGGCCGCUACUGCCCGAUAGGAACCCAUACGCCUGUACGCUGCCCGAGUGGAACAUGGUCCAAUGCAACUCGCUUGGCGAAUUCGAGUGAAUGUACUCCAUGCCCUGCUGGGUCGUAUUGUCAGCGGAAUGGAUUGAGCUCUCCGGAGGGUGAUUGCCAACAGGGGUAUUACUGUCCAGAAGGUUCAAGUCUUCCAAAUGCUGUCAUCUGCCCGAUCGGUCUCCACUGUCCGACAGCCUCGGACAUGCCCAAGUCAUGUGCUCCAGGAAUGUUUACCAACAGGACCGGCAUGUGGGAAUGUGACGUCUGCCCGGACGGUUUCUACUGCUUGCCGGAGAACGUUACGGCUGGCGACCCACAAUCCGGUUACCAUGAAUGUCCAGAAGGCUACUACUGUCCAAACGGAACCGGCCUAAACUGGCAACCAUGCCCGAAAGGAACCUACAGCAACCAACGAAAGCUCUUCAAGGUCACGCAAUGUACGGAUUGUGACGGCGGCUUCUACUGCGACCAAGAAGCAGCCACCAAUGUCACUGGCUCAUGCGCAGCUGGUUAUUAUUGCGAAUCCGGUGUAGACCGUGCCAACCCAAAUAAUAAGAAUAUGAACAGCUCAUAUCCUGCAUCUUGUCCACUGAUUGGCGGUCAUACUGGUUUUGGCGACAUCUGUCCUCGUGGCUACAAGUGUCCGGUUGGAAGUGCGAUACCACUUGGAUGUGACGCUGGGACCUAUCAGGACCAGGAAGGAAUGGCAACCUGUAAACAGUGUCCAGAAGGUUAUUAUUGCCUUGCCAACUCCACCGACUUCUCCGACAAGAUUUGCCCCAGCGGCCACUACUGCCCUGCAGGCACAAUGAGAAGUGACGAGUUCCCGUGCUCGAGUGGAACAUUCAACACCCUGGCAGGCCAGAUGAACGUCACGGCAUGCAAGGACUGUACUGGAGGCAUGUACUGUCAGGGCAAUGGCUUGAGUGUCGAGACUGGUAACUGCAGCGCUGGUUGGUAUUGCACAAGUGGAGCCACCCAGACCAUGCCCAGCAACCCAAGUGAAGGCGGUCAAUGUCAAGAAGGCUACUACUGUCCUACCGGCAGUCCCGCCCAGGUUCCAUGUGAUGAAGGUUCCUAUUGUGCCACCAAAGGUCUCGCCCUUCCAACAGCCCUGUGCAACCAAGGUUAUUACUGCUCUCUCCGAGCAACCGUCCACAGCCCAACUGACAAUGUCACCGGAAACAUCUGCCCUCGUGGCUUUUACUGUCCAGCUGGAAGUAAAACUGGUAUGCCCUGCCCGAUGGGUUACUACCUGGACACCGAGGGCGCUAGUGUCCAAAGUAGCUGCAAGAUCUGUGACAACGGAUCGUAUUGCGAUGCCCAAGGAUUAGCAACGCCAGCUGGACCUUGCGAUGCUGGUUUCUACUGCCCUCCUGGACAGUUCUCUGCGACCCCAGCUAACUUCACAUGCCCUGAAGGUCAUCUCUGUGUUGGAGGGUUAGGCCACCCCAUGCCGUGCCCGUCAGGAUUCUACCAGGAUUCUCCUGGGAGCUCUGACUGCAAGACUUGUCCUGCCGGCCACUUCUGUAACGCCACCUAUGGACCUGUCGUGCUCUACAACACGUACAUCUGCCCGGAAGGAUACUAUUGUCCAAAUGGAACGACCUACGCUGAGGAAUUCCCGUGUCCACGUGGAACAUUCAACAACAGGACUGGAAUACAGAUGAUAACAGAUUGUAACCCAUGCGUCGGUGGUAUGGCAUGCGACGUUGAAGGUCUCGCAUCUCCGAUCAGGCCAUGCGCUCCUGGUUACUAUUGUAAGGAAGGUGCAAAUAUGACUGCCCCGACCUUGGGUGUAUCCUUGGCUGAUAUCUGCCCUGCUGGUUUCUGGUGUCCGGUGAAUACUGCUAGCCCCAUUGCCUGCCCUGAAGGAAGCUACAGUCCCAGCCUUGGACUACAAAGAGAGGAUGAGUGUAUCAACUGCACUGGCGGAUACUUCUGUAAUGAAACUGCUCUUACAGCAGUCAGCGGAGCCUGCAUCCCAAGCUACUAUUGUCCUGUUGGCUCCAAGAAGGCCGACCAGAUCAUCUGCCCUGAGGGUUACUACUGCCCUGGUGUCACGCAAGACCCCAUCGCGUGCCCCAAUGGAACAUUCUCCAAUACCACUGGGUUGUCGUCUGCUGGGGAGUGCGAGCUGUGUACACCUGGCAUGUACUGUAAGGAUAGUGGUUUGAUUGCACCAACUGGACCUUGUGCUGCAGGUUUCUACUGUCCACUUGGCUCUGAUCUUGCAAAACAAGUUGUCUGCCCGAUCGGCAAGCACUGCCCGAUCCAAUCUGCCUCUCCACAGCCUUGCAAUGCCGGAGCUUAUACCUUGGCAACCGGCCAGAGCGUCUGCCAAGUCUGUCCAGAAGGAUACUACUGUGUGCCAGAUCUCGUGAUUGCUAGUGUAGUCUCCACGACAUUUAUAACUUGUCCGGAAGGAUUCUUUUGUCCAAAUGGAACCGGUUACGACUGGAAGUCAUGUCCAGCUGGUUCCUAUAGCAACGUGACUGGGUUGGCGUCUGCGGAAGAGUGUACUCCGUGUGAUGGUGGCAGGUACUGCCAAGGCACCAAUCUGACCUCACCAACAGGUCUCUGUCUACCUGGAUACUAUUGUGUCUCUGGUGCGGACCGUCGAAAUCCAGUCAUGCUAAACAACUCGCAGUGUCCUGUUGGCACUGUCCAUCCAAUCGUCGGCCAUGUUUGUCCAACGGGGCACUACUGCCCUGCUGGCACCACGUACCCGCUGCCGUGCCCUGCAGGGAAGUACCAGAGUCAGGAAAACCAAGAUACCUGCACGAGUUGUCCGGAAGGAUACUAUUGCUACCAGAACACCUCAGACUACUCCAUCUUCCCGUGCCCGUCCGGGUAUUAUUGUGAGUUGGAGACACCUGAUCCAUACCAUACGCCGUGCCUGCCCGGAACGUUCAAUAAUGCAACAUUGCAGAAGAGCAAUGCCUCCUGUCUGCCGUGUACGCCAGGAAGUUAUUGCGCCGGUUAUGGUAACCAGGAGCCGACCGCACAUUGCGAUGCUGGAUGGUACUGUACUCUCAGUGCUAGUGCUGCUAGGCCAUCUGAUAACACCACCGGCGGAGAAUGCGACAUUGGAACAUUCUGCCCGCUAGGCUCCGUGGAACCCAUCGACUGCACUCCUGGGAAAUACUGCAACAAAACAGGCCUCGCUGUUCCAGUUGCUGAUUGUGAUGCUGGCUACUACUGUCCUGCUGCGUCUAUCCAUCCACGCCAAGUCAUCUGUCCGCUCGGUCACUAUUGCGUCGCCGGUAGCGACUUGCCUGACCCGUGUAGGAACGGAACGUACGGUUAUCGGUCAGGAUUGAUAUCGGAGGGAGAGUGUACGCCAUGUGAUGCAGGAUCGUAUUGCAACGGAUCUGGGGAGAGUGCGGUGUCUGGCGUCUGUCAGCCAGGUUAUUAUUGCCCACCGGGCCAAACCACACCAACGCCUUACGACUAUCUCUGCCCGAUUGGCCACUUCUGUCUCGUUGCUACUGCCACACCCACAAGAUGUCCGAGCGGCGAGUACCAGGAUGAGGUUGGACAGGACAGUUGCAAGUCGUGCCCGGAAGGUUACUACUGUGACAGCACGAUCAACCCCGUCGGAAAUCUCACCAACAACUUCUGUCCGACCGGGCACUACUGCCCGAACGGUACCACCCGUGCCAAUGAGUUCCCGUGCCCGACUGGUACAUUCAGUAACAAGACACACCAAGUGGAGGCUAGCGACUGCCAGGAUUGUCUGCCCAAGUAUUAUUGCCAGACGACAGGACUGUCCGUGCCAGAAGGAUUCUGUUAUGCUGGAUAUUAUUGCAAUGGCAGCAACACCGAACCCAACCCGACAAACUCUAUCUGCCCGGCCGGUAGCUACUGUCCAGAGGGUAGUUACAUGCCUGUUGCAUGCCCAGAUGGCACCAUGACAUACGGCCUCGGCAACAGGAACAUCAGCGACUGCGAGCUUUGUAAGCCAGGGAAUUACUGCACGCCUGAUGCUUCAGCCAAUGGUUACAGUUUGCCCUGCUCUGCUGGAUUCAUCUGCCUGGCCGGAUCAAACCUCCCCAAGCCAACGGAUGGAGUCAAGGGAUACAUCUGUCCUCUUGGCCACUACUGUCUAGAGGGCGCUGUGAUUGAGCGGCCGUGCGCCAAGGGCACCUACGCCCCGUCCCAAGGUCUCGGAGCCUGUCUUAUGUGUCCUGCUGGCGAGUCUUGCCCGUACGAGGGUAUGAACGCUACCCUGGUUUGCCCGACUGGGCAUUAUUGCCCGAACGCUACUGCAGACUUUGGAACGCCUUGUCCUGUGGGCACCUUCAACCCGAACACCGGCCUUGUCGAAUCAAGCGAAUGCUCACCAUGUUCACCUGGCUACUUCUGUAAUGACACGGGACUCUCUGCCCCGGCUGGUCCAUGCAGCGCUGGUUACCUGUGCGUAUCUGGUGCGACAGUCUCAGGUCCAAACAGCGGUCUGAACGGUCUGUGUCCAAAGGGACACUAUUGCUUGCAAGGAUGCACGAAUGCAACGGUCUGCCCCCCUGGCACCCUCAGGAAUGCUCUAGGAGGUCAGGCCGAGUCUGAUUGCUUCCCAUGCUCCGCUGGCUAUGCCUGCGAUGGCGAGGCCCUACUCUCUCCGACCGGAAUCUGCCUGGAGCGUUUCUACUGCCCGGCGAGUGCCAAGAUCUCUUCUAACCAGCCCGGCAGUUUCCUAUGCCCUCAAGGUCAUUACUGCCCGAAUAAGACAGCGAUGCCAUUUGCCUGUCCACCAGGUACCUACCAACCCAACCUCGGCUCCAACUCCUGCGAACCUUGUCCAUCUGGUUUCUACUGUAUGAGCAACACAACCAUACCGUUUGAAUGUCCUCCGUACUCGUAUUGUCCAAACGGCACCUCUGAUCCGAUCAGGUGUCCUAACGGUACCUACACCCAAGACAACACUACUGGUCUCGAGUCCUACACUCAGUGCUCGUCCUGUGUGACAGGGUCUUACUGCGCUGGAGGUAUCAUCGCCGGCAAGUGUGCGCCAGGCUUCUGGUGUAAGCAGGGAAGCCCCAUACCAAACCCCGCCAUCUUGAAUGACACAAACAUCGGCGGCCUCUGUCCGAGAGGUUACUACUGCCCUGAAGGAACCAUCUCACCGCAGACGUGCAGCGUUGGGAAAGUAAUCGAUAUAGAAGGCGCUUCGUCUGUUGCUGAAUGUGACUUCUGUCCCGCCGGACGUAUCUGCCCGGUUGGAGCGGUUGUACCCGAGAUGUGUUACCCUGGUUGGUACUGUCCUUUCAACAUGACACGACAGCCUUGCCCGAUACGGACGUUCAACGACUUGGAAGGCGCAGAGAAUAUUACGUGGUGUAAACCGUGCACGGCUGGAUAUUGGUGUAAUAUGGAGGGCAUGAGUAACGUGACGAUUAGUCCAUGUCCGCCGGGGUACUACUGUACUGAGGCGACGUACGGACCGGAGCCUUGCCCAGCUGGAACAUACAGGGACACCAUUGCUGCCGGUAGCGUUGCUGAUUGCUUCGACUGUCCGGCUGGCUUCUACUGCCCCGACACCAACGACACCGUCGCUGGUAUCCAGUGUGACGAAGGCUACUUCUGUCCGCCAGGAUCACAGAACCAAACAAUAUGCCAACCCGGCUACUACUGUAACCGAUCCAUGACGCAGGAGCCGUGCCCGCCUGGGUACUACUGCCCUGAGAAGUCGUCGUACCCACUACCAUGCCCAAGGGGUCAUUACUGUGGUGGCAAUGACGGAUGUAACAGUUCAGAUGCUGGCACCAUUGUCCCGAUGAAGUGUCCUCUCGGCUAUAAGAUGUACGACAGCACGCCUCAACACAGGUUUAACGACACCUGCGAGCCGUGUCAAGCUGGCUACUUUGGUAACCAUCCGGACCGAGCUGCGUGUCUGCCAUGCCGCCCUGGAGUUGUCUGCAAGAACUUAGCCACUACGGACCUGCCGUCGGCUAACAGUAGUGCCAACUUUGGAGUUAACGCAACAAACUCUUACCCCUGUCCACCUGGUUACUACUGCCCAGAAGCCUCAGCACUCCCAACGCCCUGCCCCAUCGGCAGCUACAACCCCUACAGCUCAAUGGGCAACAUCACCGAAUGCCUAUCGUGUGCCGUGGAUACGUUCAAUAACCUCCUAGCACAGACUGGCUGCUACCCCUGCGGCGGAGAGGCUGAACAACCAACAACUGGGCAGACGGCGUGCGUCUGCACCGGCGCUGGCAGAGACUUCCAGCCGAGUGAUCGAACAUGCCCCUGUCGUGCUGGCUUCCAGGUUAUGGACAGUCGGGACGAGGAUUGCGUCAAGAUCAUCUACGAUCUGUGCGAGGAGGGAACGUCCAGGACACAAGAUGGCCGCUGCCUGCUGCCGUCGGAAUGGGAGACAUAUUGUCAAGAUCAGGUUUGCGACACCCCGACAGACUACCUCGGCUACGACAAACUUCUCGGUAUCUGUACGUGUAAGACGGCAGACCUGGAGGAAGUGUGUAACCUGGAGUGCAGGAAGGCGCAAGAGAAUAGGAUCCAGGUUGUCUGUCCGGAGGAGCCGGAUGAACCUUACAUCAAGAUCUUGGACACAUCUGGAAAUACUUAUGACACCUUCCUUUUGAGUGACCUCUCAUCCAUCCAAAACUCACGACUCGCAAUAUCAUCCGAUCAAUGUGGUGCGAUGGAUGGGUCGUCUUCCAACAUCUUCAUGCUCUCAUCCGACUCGACCGGAUUCGUCGGAGCGUACGAACCAGAUCCGUUACUCCUAGCAACCGUGUUGGCGGAGAACUCUAAGAAUUCCACGGUAACAAGCAACGCAACAAGCGGAUCCUCAACGCGACGUCGUCUCUUGGCAACCAACACAACCACAUUCGCCGGAAUCACGAAUCCAUCCGUCUGCCUGACGAACGGACAGACGAUGAUGUGGACUAUCGACACGACAAAUUAUCCCAUCUACGAUCGAGAUAAUCUGUAUAAUACGAACUCCGAGUUUGAUUACGGUGGCUUCCGUGCCUUGGCCGAGUCCAUGGCUCAGAGUUCAUCGAGUUCAACUCUAUUUGCAUACCAGUUCACUGAAGCGGGAACAUAUGUCUUCUAUUUGAGCUCGAAUUCAAACAAGAAGAUGUAUGUGACCGUCAUGGCUGCAAAUGUCCAGUGUUCUGUGACCGGACCCUUCUUCCCCCAAACGACCACAAACGUGGUGCGUAACUCCGUCAGUCUCAACUCUGAGAUCUUGAAGACACCCGACUGGGCGCUUCUUUUCAUCCUGACGGCAAUUUUCGUUGUGGCGCUCAUACUAUUUAUCGUCGCCAUUGUUCUGUUUCGAAAGUACGGCUGGGGCAAAACUAUGUUUAUUCAUCCGUUUUACCGCGACCAGACGGGUAAAUACAACUUCGAUGAUUAUGCGAGUAAAGGAUCGACUGUUCACCCUGUCAAGAAAUUCCAUCGCAACUUAGAAGCCAUCGGUGCCAGUACGGAGCAUGAGGCUGCGAUUGCGUCUGGACUACCUGACGGUGACGGUGAUGGCCAACCAGCUGGUGGUCUGGAUCCUGCUGGAGUCGAGGUCCGCGGUGAUGAAUUCUGGGAUUACGAGCAGCAGGUUGACCUUGAGUCAUUCAGUGCUCCAGUGCUGUACGACACCCUUUCGAAACAAUCUCGCGAGGUUACCCAGACCCUUGGAAAACAGAAGGAAGAAGUAAAGUCACUUUACCAGAAGAUUAACAACCAGACGGAGUCACUGAAGGGACUCUGGGCAGCUAAACUCAACCUGAAGGGACGGUCCUGCCUCGCUACACCAGAAGAUCUUGCAGCCUACGAACGCAAGCUAGAAGAACUGGAGAUUGAGUUGGCGAGACGCCGCGACCUGGGCGAGCAGUUUGAGAUGAUGCUGACGCGUCAACAUGACUUGAUGGACGAGGAUGAGAAGUGUCGCGAAGACCACCAGGUCAACUAUGAAUCAUCGUUGAGUGAGGCGAUACGCUUGCUUAACGAGCAUUCGGAGAAACUGCAGCGCGGACAGAUCAUCAAGGAUGGUCAGUUUGAUGAGCAUCUUCACCGCGGUAUCGUUGGACGCAUCGGUGCCCUAAUACAGCGCAUGUCCGGUGAAGUCAACGAGGAGUCUCAGCGAAUUGGAACAUGGGGCGUCCUCAACCAAGGAACUGGUGGGAAGAUCGUCCGCGGCGACCGAGACGCGGUACCUAAGGAGAACCUGAUUAGUGACAACAUGGAGGUCGUGGCGAAUGACCUCUUGGUGCAUAAUGAGACGACAGGAUUGAUCACCCCUAAACCAAGUACAAAGAUGCUGACCGGAGACGGGAACGUCGUGACUAUCCCAAACAACUACUUCCUGCACCCACAGACAGGUCAUGUCAUGGCCAUCGAAGGAAACGUAGCAUUUGACUCGAUCACAUCACGCCUCGUUUUCACAACAGAUUCUGCGACUGGAGAAGCUAGUCGCCAUGACGAGCCACUGAUCCCGUACGUACCCUUCCCAACGAACAAAGAGGGUGCUGCUAUUCAAACAAAACUGAAAGCAUUGGCUCAUCGCGGCGACAUGAAAUACGGUGCUCCGGUCCCUGAUCCAGAAACUGGUAUCCAUGCUCCAAUCAUCGCCGUGACGAUUCACCCAGAAACAGGAACAGUCUAUCCAAUCUCUGGCACCCAUAUUGAUCCUGUGACCUGCCUUCCGAUUGCCAUUGAAAUCGGCUCACAGAUGAUCGACCCCGUUUCGAAGCAACCCGUGCCAAUCCUUGCCGUGACCUUGGAUAAGAGGACAGGUGACGUCCUACCUCUAGGAGGAACACGUUCAGACAAAGACAGCCAUACUCCCAUAAUUCCUGGCGAUAUGUACAUCGACCCUAUCAGCAAGAAGCCUGUGAAGGUGUCUGGUGGUACGCUUAUUGACGAAGAGGUGGCUGCAUCUUGUGGAGGCUUUCAGGCACUACUUGACGCGAGUGUGAUGGCUUGUGAGGCGCGAACUCUGGAUGCUCUCCGCCAGUUUAAGGAUGCUUUAUCAGCCUUCCAAGAGAGUCAAGACAGUGGCGCCAGCUUACGUCAUGAGCAAACACUACUUGAAACGGCAGUCCGUGAACUGGAAAAGUCUCGUAACCGUAUGAAGAAGAACAUGCUGCAGUCUGCGCACGAUAUCACCCGUCGUCUUGAGCGGGCCAACAUCCUUGCGACGUCUGGUGGUUCACCAGGAAUGUACGAGUUUGCACGCACCGGGCAGCUGCUGCCAAUUUUGAUUGGAACAGCGAUGGAUGACCCAGUAGGAUCUGGACGAGAUGUACCGAUCUUGAGUGCUGAGCAGGAAAAGUUGACAGGCCGUAUUCGUCCACUAGGAGGCACCAUGGAGGACCCUGAAGGUCGAGGUUUGGUUCCUAUCACCAUUGGUAUACAGGCUGUUGAUUCCAUGACAGGUGAGCUGAGCCCUGUCAUCGGCGUCCGUGUCAACCCCGACACGAACACUGUCGUCCCAGUAACCUUGGCAUCCGGAGGUCACAAAAAACGCCGUCCACCACUAGGUGCAGUGUCAAUGAUUGAAGAAGAGGCAGUCGCUAGACGCGGUUACUGGCGCAGACAAAAUAAACGUGAAGCAGAACUCACCAAACAUGAGUUUGAGUUGUCGCAGAAACUUCUCCACGACAUUGAUAACGUCACGGUUACUGUCGUUGAGGAAGCUCUUCAAAUGAUGGAGGAACGAAAGCACGAUUUGGAGGAGGCAUCGAAACGGGAAAUCCAGCGCCGGUCUGACGCAGAGGAGGAGUUGGCAUCUGUUAUUCCAGCAGACGUACUGUCCAUCCUGACGUAUGGUGACAAGGAUGAAUUGGAAAAGGAGGAAGCUCAUUUCACAUCGCACGCAAAGUUCAUUGAUACUGUCCGACGAUUCUUCAACAAGCUGGUCGUAGAGGAGGAUAACUUCAAUGACCGUCUGAAAGAACUGAUCGAUCUCGGUUCGUCGUCUGACCAAGAGAAUACCCUCCGCCAGCGCUACAGGCAAGCCAAAAUGAGGCUGCAGGCCGAUCUGCAGGACCAGAUUAUGACACGAACUGAAAACAUGGACGAUGCUCAAGCUGGUGUGGAAUAUGCUCGACAGCGUAACGAGUUAUUGAUGACUGAGGCGAAGGGGGUCCUGACAGGUGAUGUCAUGGUUGCUGGCGACUAUGAUUGCACUCUGCCUGGUGUCUAUGGUGAUGGUGACUUGACGUCUGCAUCUUCUAACCGUGAACUUCUACCGCUCUUGAAACAGUUGAUCGCAAUGUUGGAAUCUGGUGGACCGUUUGUGUUGUCGUCAGAACUGCUCGCGGCACUUUCAGGUGGAAAUGUGGCCGUUGCUGCAACAGGAAUAGACGACCCAAUGAAGGUGAAGGGCGUGUCAGCUCCCAAGGUCAUUGUGAAGGAACGCGGUCUGAAGCAACGCACCACCAACCUCCAAUCAGAAGUGAUUCAGAUGAGUGACGCUGGCAUCAAACCUGUCGUAAACAUUUUCAAGGCUGCGGAGCCAACCAAGGAACUGACGGAGGAAGAGCGCAUCAAACAGCAGAAGUCGUUGUUUGAAAAACAAGCAUUUGAAGUCGCAAAACUGGAAAGCGAUUUGAAAACAGAAGAAAUCGACUCGACUAAUGUGGUUAUCAAUGAUGUGGAGGGGAAGAAGGCAACCUGCACUGAAGAUAUGGCGAAGGAGCUGAUGGCGAAGUUGAAGGAUGCGAACACUGACUCAGAGCGGGAGAGAAUCUUAUUGGAAUACGCCGCAAACCUACAGAAGGUCACAGAUGGUCUGGAGAAGCAGAAGAGACGAUCUUUGGAAUCGCUGCGUGAGAAACUCUUGAACCGUCGCCGCCAAGCGAAGAAGGAUCUCCACAAGACUCAUGUCGAUGAAGCUAAGGGGCUGAAUCUGGAAGCAGACGUCGUUCCGGAGGUGAAGAUUGCCGGUCAUGACGAGAUGGAUCGUGAUCUGUUGUUGUUACAACAACAGCAGCAGAAGAUGAUCGCUGAGCUUGAGAACGCGAAGUCUGGUGACGAUGGGCCGAGCGAUGAGGAGAUGGAGGCGAGAGUAAGGGCACUCCGUGUCGGUGGCGCCAAAAAGGAGGAUAUCGAUGAUGCCAAAAAGAAAAUGAUGGAGAAGCGUACAAGUGCUGACCUUUUGAAACAGAAGCUCCGCGGCCGCAAAGACCGACGCCGAUCGAAGAAGAGUCUGCAGAACCUUACGGCGAAUCUCACGGACGAAGAACGAGCGGAAGUUUUGAAGACGGCUGAGCUCCAGGAGGAGACUGAUCGUAAGAAGGAGGAUAAUGCGCUCAUUCAGGCCAUGAGGAGGCUGCAGAAGGAAGAGACUGACAGACUUGAAAGAGAGGCUUUGAAGAAUGCCAUGGCGAACACCACUGAGGAACAGGCCAAGAAAAUCCUAGAAAACUACGAGGACGAAGUCCGCGUGAUCGAGAACAAAUUCGCCAACCACUGGGCCGGACAGCGCGAGUCUCUUAUGGCGAAGUUAGCGGCAAGAAAACGUAUGAAGGAGGCGCUAAAUAAGGAUGAAGCGAUCUCUGAUGAGUUGGAUCGGAUUACCAAAGCCCAGGCCGCCAAGGGUGACACUGCUUCUGCAGAAGUCAUCGACCGUAUCAGCCGUGAGUUGUGCUCCGAGAAAAACACAGACGAGAAACAAGAACUUGUCAACAAGCAGAUUGAGAAACAAGCGUACCUUGAUAAGAAACAAAGGGAGGAAGUACGACUGAUGGAACAGCAGAUGGAAGAUGAGCAUGCCAAGAGUGGGAGGAGCAUAGAAGAGCAGAUCGAUGCUCAGAAAAAACUGGCCAUCGAUGCCCACAAUGCCAAGUUCGAACAAAACCUUGUCCUCCAGGGCAAGAACCUGAGUGAGGACGAGGUUGAGCGGAUGAUGGUGCGUCACAAGGAGGAGGCGAAGCUGCUCGAGAAUAACCUUAAUGAUGAGAAGGACAGGCAGAGACAACUCCUUGCAGAAAAGGUUGCAGCCCGUAAGAAGCGCCGGCUGGAGCAAAUGACGGAAAAACACAACAUCGGUAUGACCAAGGAACUGCUGGAAGAACAGCAGGAACGAGAUCGUCUCAACGACAAACUGGCUCGGGAAGUCGAGGGAACGACCUUGAAGUCUUCUGUCAAGGGCAAGGCUGGCAAAGAUGCGGAGAAUAUGAUCUACACGGUCCUACGCCAGCGCCACAUGAAGGAAGCCGUCCACCUCGAGGAGCAGCAUGAGCACCAGAUGGAGGCUGCUAAGUCUGAGGCGCGCACCGCGGUCGUCGACCAGAGGCAGACAGAGAGAGAGAAGCUCCUGGCUGCUUUUGAUCAAGAGUUGCUUGAUCUGGUCGGCCAGUCUGCCAUCAUGAAGCCGAGUGAACUCGAGCAGAAGAAACAAGAGAUCAAGAGUCAGCAGGCUCGCCAACUGCGGGACUUUGACAACCUGACCACCCAGAUGGAGCUCCAGGCCCAGAAAGACGUCGUACCUCGUGUGGACAUUGAGCAGACACAUGCCCGCCUCGCCCUGAAAGAGAAACAGCUGAUGGAACUAGCAGACGCCAUGAGGAAAAUGACUCCCGAGGAGAAGUUGAUCAAGCAAUACGAAGAAGAAGCGAAGGAAGCGCAGAACGCUGCUCGAGACUAUCAUGACGAGACACUGAAGAAGAUGCAGGACGAACAAGACCGAAGGAAGCUCGAGGCAAAACAGAAGGAGGAAGAAAAGAAGCGGAAACUGGCGGAGAAAUAUGCUGCGAUAGAAUCCGAGAUGCUGAACGAACAAAAACGCCAGGAGGAAAUGGAAAAACAGAACGCUGCUGAAAGAGAAAAGAUCCGAUUGGCCAAAUUUGAAGAUCAGCAGAAACGUGAAGCUGAGAAGAUCAAGAAUUCAAACGUAUCGGAAGACGAGAAGGAACGUCUGCUUCGAGAACACGAGGAGAGCAAGAAACGAUUUGAGGAUCAACUGAAGACUGAACGAGAAAAGGGCCGAGCGAGUCUAGAGGCAAAGUUGGCAGCGCGGCGGAAUAAACGUCUCGCGUCUGAGAAAGCAAAGGUUGAGAAAGAGAUGCAGUUGGAUACGGACCAGGAUAUUAAGAUCCAGAUCAUGACCAGAGCCAAGGAGGAUGCCCAGGCCAAGCGUGACGCGUCUCGUGCUGAGGCACAAGCAAAGGUAGUAGAUGACAUGGCGUCUGCUCAAGCAGCCCGACAGCAGACGUCAGAAUCGGCGUCUGCUCCAUAUGUCGCCGACGGCAACGCUGAGCAGAUGUGGAUGAAUAUGCUGAUGUCAUCACCUUUGUUCAAGCAGGUGAACGACCUUGAAGACCUGAUACAGAAGGCAGUAUCCGAUGACAAAAUGAAUUCACAGAUUCUUGGUGCAAACUACGAGAAUGCGUAUAUCGAUGCCAAGGAUGCGCAGUGGACGUGCAAGGGCGACCUUGUUCCGGUCGAUAUCAACACAAUCAGCCCAAGCAAAUUCGUCGUCUAUCGCUUUGGAGUCUUCGUGCUACAACUUCUACGUAAGUCCGUGAAGGCACCAGACGUCACCCUCCUGCUCGCCUCUAAUCUCCCGCCAAAUAACUACGAAAGGAACGCCUUCCGACGCUCGUUCAAUUAUCAGCACGCCAGGAAGAUCUUGUUCAUCCGAGAAGAGAGAUUGGAUUCAAUUGGUGACUUCAUCGUGAUCGUGCUCCAUGCUUUGGCUCAUAUCCAAGUUGGUGAUCUGAUCGAUGAUGCCAACCCACGAUUCUUGAGGAACUUCUACAAGUACCUGAGGGUCACUUGUCUCGACAUGUUCUUCUCCCGCUCACGCAACACGCCGACAUCCCAAGCUCUGGUAGGCGGUGCCACUGGUCGCCCCGCCCUCGACGCUGCCUUCCAUUACACCAGGACCCCUGAUGAUAAGAUCAGCGUUGUCGAAGAACUCCUUGAUGUCAAGGUCAACGGACCAUCCCAAAUGGAUUUCUCCGAGCGGAAGAUUUCUGACCGAAUGCAGAAGUACGAAUCGUUCUCGAGCAACGCACAACUACGGGAGUACUUAGCGUCUCAAGGCGGCGUAGAUACGCAGGUGGAUUCUGUGAGGUUGCGACUGGCCGAGUUAAAAGGGGAGCCUGUCCCAGAACCAAAGGCCCAAGAGAAAAAACGGGUCAUUCUAAGGCAGAUGAGCGUACGUAGCCAGAAGACGUUGCUAGGCGCCCAGGUGCAGGAGAUGCAGGGACGGCUCGAUAAUAUGAACGAGGAGAUGACACAGAUCCUUGUUGAGACGGCCCAGCUGAAGGAAGGUCUACGUCGUCACGACGAGGACGGAAACAAACAAAAGAUCGAGCAGACGACAGAGAAACUUGUGUCUCUUAGCGUCAAGAAGGACAGUCUUACGCGCCAGAUCGAAAUUGUCGAAAUGGACUUGAAGAAAAAACAAAAAGACAUGGCUGCUGCAAAGUAAACAAUUGUGAAAAUUUUGUAGCGACAUCAAUCGCGAGGACAGCUGAAUAUACCGGACACCCCUUUGAAUAUGACAUUGCUACAAUCCAAUGUCAAGAAAACCAUUAAAUUCGAAUGUCUCAUUUACUUAUAAGGGGUAUUUGGUACAAUAUUGUGCUAGAGUUUUGUUUUCAAGGAGAUUGGACCAUACUGAGAGUUGAGAUGUUUGCUCUUUGCAACAAAAAAGGCUGAAUAUUUACUUAAAGGACGAUUUGUUGAAAUAAAGUUUUCUAUUGUGUGUUUUUCUAGUAAAGCAUUAUGUGAUGAAUUUUAACUGGUCGCCCCUAUUUUCCAACAAUGGGAUAUUGGCAUCCAAUACAAAUAUGCAUUGAAAACAUUAAUCCAUUUUGCUUCAUAGGGGUGAUAGGUUCUGUACAUAAAUAUGUGUCUUUGUACUAGUCGAUGGUCUUCCAAUAAGUCAUAUCAUAUAAGGAAAAGUAUAUUGAUUAAUCAUUAUGCAAAUUAAAAAAUAUCUUUGUGUUCCGUCCAGUUUUUAACAAGUAUUGAGUAUAGUACAUGAAGGUCCAUAAUGGGUUAACUCUUACUGUUCAAACCGUCCAUGAAUAUAUUGCCAAAUGUUGUGAUUCUACUGCUCCGACUUUCACAUUCAAGUAACGUUUUGAUUCCAUUUUAAUGUAUUAAUAUCAUCUUUUUCUAUUUUUGUUAAUUAGUUCCUUUCUUAUCGAUGAUAACGUAAUUUAUUUAUGCAACAAAAUCAUGA